CAUCUGGUGAAACUGAAUUCUUUGUUGUCCAUUUCGGUUGUUUCCGGUCUGAAUUUGUUGGGAGCAUUCUUGCAGUCAUUACGGCAAUCCUGACAGCGGCUCCGGGGUGUCAGCUGAUCUUCCUUUGCUGGCUAGUGAGGAGGAAAAUCAGCAGAGAGAAAACACUGUUGGCUGGUUCAAACCAUGGCUGCGGAGAUUCAUUCGAGGCCCCAAACCGCUAGACCUAUUCUUUUGAACAAGAUCGAAGGACACACAGAUGCUGUCAACGCAGCCGUUUUAAUUCCAAAAGAAGAUGGAGUGAUCACGGUCAGCGAGGACAGAACCAUCAGAGUUUGGCUGAAGCGAGACAGUGGUCAGUACUGGCCCAGCAUCUACCACACGGUGUCCUCUCCAUGCUCUUGCAUGUCAUACCACCAUGACAGCAGACGCAUCUUCGUAGGCCAGGACAAUGGAGCUGUUGUGGAGUUUCUUAUCUCUGAAGAUUUCAACAAGAUGAACCACGUCAAAACGUAUCCAGCCCACCAGAACCGUGUAUCUGAUAUGGUGUUCUCUCUGGAGAGUGAGUGGGUGGUGAGCACUGGCCAUGACAAGAGUGUGAGCUGGAUGUGCACCCAGAGUGGCAGCAUGCUGGGGAGACACUACUUCACCGCCUGGGCCUCCUGUCUACAAUACGAUCAUGAGACGCAGCAUGCCUUUGUUGGCGAUUACUCAGGACAGAUCACACUGCUGAAGCUGGAGAAGCAGACGUACUCCACCAUCACUACCCUCAAGGGGCAUGAAGGUAGUAUAGGGACCCUGUGGUGGGACCCUGUCCAGAGGCUGCUGUUCUCAGGAGCCUCCGACCACAGCAUCAUCAUGUGGGAUAUUGGAGGCCGCAAAGGACGAACGUUACUGCUGCAGGGACACCACGAGCGUGUUCAGGCCUUGCGUUACCUCCAGUUGACCAGACAGUUGUUGUCGUGCUCAGCUGACGGAGGCAUUGCAGUGUGGAACAUGGACGCCCAGAGAGAAGAGGCGCCCCAGUGGUUAGACAGCGACUCCUGUCAGAAGUGUGAGCAGCCUUUCUUCUGGAACAUCAAACAGAUGUGGGACACUAAGACCCUGGGGCUCAGGCAGCACCACUGCAGAAAGUGUGGCAAGGCUGUGUGUGGAAAAUGUAGUUCGAAACGUUCCACGUACCCAAUCAUGGGCUUUGAGUUCCCAGUGCGAGUGUGUGAUGCCUGUCUUGAUAGCAUCAAAGAAGAAGAUCGAACAGCAUUGGCAACAUUCCAUGAGGGGAAACACAACAUCUCCCACAUGGACAUGGACCCAUCCAGAGGCCUAAUGGUCACUUGUGGAAGUGACCGCAUUGUUAAGAUCUGGGACAUGACGCAGGUGGUUGGCUGUAGCUUAGCAACAGGCUUCUCCUCGCGCUGAUUGGCCCAGCCCACUACAUGCUCUGCCCACUCUUCCAAUGUCAUGGAAACCCUUCUGUACAGUGUAUCUUUCCAUCGCUUCUGGGAUCUACAGCUGCCACCAGGCCUGCCCGGUGUGUGUAUGUGUGUGUGUGUGUGUGUGUGUGUCUCAGUAGUGCAGCCGUCCACAUUCCUUUUACUUCUCAAAACAAAUUUAAUUUCACUAACUGUCAGUCCUUCAUGAAGGUGACUGAUUUUUGACUUGUUGCUCUGAUCUGGAACAGAACCUUAAGCACAAUAUUGUCUGUGUGUGUGUGUGUGUGCGUGUGCGUGUGUAUGCCUGUAUUGUGGUGAUUUCUCCUAUGGAAGGAAUGGUAUUGAAAUGAGUGUUUACAUCAGAUCAAUUUCCAAUGCUUCUUUGGACAAAGGUCUUUUUUCAGUUUUUUUUUUUUUGCUUUACUUACCCUUGCACUGUAAUGUUCAGUUUCACUAAAUCGCUGACCUGCCGUUCCUGUAGAAACACACACUAGCUUUGCUUAUUUCUGUGGCCCACUAACUGCAUAUUACUCAGUCACUGUAACUUGUACAAAAUAACCUUGAUCAUCUGUAUAUACCCCUGCAGCAUGUGUAUAGUAGGUAGCUGCUUGAAUUGACUCACUGAUCAAAGAGAUCAGCUUUUUUCUGUCUUUUUUCCUUUUAUUUUUCUUCUUUCACUAGUUGGCCUUAAAUCACUCUCAGGAGGUUUUACAUUAGUAGGUUCUCAUUGGGCAGGGGCUCCUCAUGUCAAUCAUAACCAUUAUUAAUGUGUAAUCAAUAAAGCGUGGUUUAAAAACAGUAGAGAGAAGGAAAUCUCUUGAUACACUCAGAGGUGCUCCUGUAGAAAUUUGAUGUGCUCGUCAGGUGCUCACAUGACGGCGCUGACCCAGCCAGGUGAGGCCAGGGAAAUAUGAACAUGUUGCCAUAGUGACAAGCUCUGAGAGAAGCAGCAUCAAAGGCCUGUCGUAGGGUUCCUAAUAAUAAGUACCAGUCGGAUUGUGUUUCAAAUUUUGAUUGUUGUGAUCAUUUCAGCUUUGUGGCUUUGAGUAUUCUACUUUAUUUUGGUAAAAACAAAUUUAGAAAAUAGCACAGCAGCCCCACCUCGGAGAUAUUUAUCUCUUUCAGGAAAACACUCACAGUUGUGUAGAUAGAUACAACAUGACACUGAUGGUGUAAACCCAAGGUUCUAAUCCCUUGUGAGAAUUACUUUCCAUCUGUAAUUUCACAAAUAUGAAUAUUGCAUGUUGCAAAUAUUGUGAUGCAAAUUUGGGUUUCCCUCCCACCAGAGAGGCACUUAGAUACUGGUCAGGUACUCUGAACUAAAUGUAGCACUAAAUGCUGGAGUGUUGAAUCGCCUCCAGCUGAAUCAUGGGACAGAUCAGGGCUGCCUGUGCUCCUUCAAAAGCCUUAAAGAGAGAACAUACUCACAAAGCCUUUUCAGUGAUUUGUCAGUGCUUACGACUGUUCCCUCACUCAUCGUUCAUGCGCUCACCUUCUUUUAAGGCUCUGGAUGUUUGUGCUUCCUUUCAGCCUGUUUUUGAGCUCUCCACCACCCAUCAGUGUAUCAAGGGUGUCUCAUAACGCUCCCACCACUGCACUGAAUUGCACAAAUCGUGGUCUUUGUUUUCUCUUUGUUUUGAAUUAAAACAAAACAUUUUUCUAAGUUCAGAUUAGCUGGAUUUGAUGUAGCGUCCUUGUAUAUAGCGGCUAGUAUCUUCUAAUGUUAGACUAACGCUUGCCUUAUUGUAAGUGGAAAAAUGAGCAUUAUAAUGUCGGAUCUCAAAAUAUAGUCACAUUCCCGUUUUUUGAUCAUGUAGUGUAUAUUUGUAGUAAAGUAUUUAUCUGUUAUCAUUGUAAAUGGUGGUUUACUUUUCUUUGUGCCCAUCUAGUAGUUUUUAUUUCUCUUUUGAUAGCAAACUAGGACAUGUUAAGCACUCUGUAAUGACACAAACUCAGUAGUAUUGGGGUGGACCAUGGAGUAUUUUACAUCCAUACAUAGACAACCAGUUAACUGCUUAAACAGCAGUGGUUCUCAUAUGUUGUUUCUCAUCAUCAAGACCUUCCUCCAUAAUAUUUAGAUGUCACACAGUCAUACUUGGGGUUUGUCUCCAGUUAGUUGCCAAUAUUAAGCAAAAAUACAAAUAUAUUAAAUAUAUUUAAAUUUGAACAGUUUUUGCUUCCCUUCAAAAAUAAGAUUUGGUGAAGAUGGACUUUUUCCAUCAGUGUACAUGUCAGGAUUCUGAAGGCUUUGGAAUAAAAACAAAUGGCUUAAAUUGCUCCCAGAAAUCAUUUACAAAAUAUAUUAUUCAAUCUGAAUUAAUUUAUACUUUUUUUUGGCCACCUCAGUGCAGCCAAAACAACCUGAAAACACAACAAGUAUCACUUUAUAAAGUUGAUGUGGUGAAUAUGUAAUCAAAGAGCUGCCUGUUCACUCCACAUGGAGCGACAUAAGCUGGCUGCUGCUCACUCACAAAACUAAAACAGUUAAAGCAAAAAGGUUGUGUAGAUCUACAAUGAACUUGGGUGAGAACCCUUUGUGGGUCUGUCACUAAAAGCCACACCUUACACAUCACAUAGGCUACAGGCUUGGACUCUUAAUGAAUUUCACUAGUCACCCUCCUUGAAACUCUGGUUUGGUCUGCACCGGCUGAAGAGGAAAAUAUGAUUGUUUAAAUGCUCCACUCUGAUCAGCAGUCAACCUCUAACCUUCUUCUGCUGUUUUUUUUGUGCGGCAUCAAACCAGCUGCCGGCUGGAUAAUAGGUAAAAGAGAGAAUAAUUUGCAAGCUGGAAAACGAAAACUGAAAGAAGCUUUAAAAAAUGUUUGCAGACCGGCAUAGAGUUGCUUCAGAAUUCUCUGUGCUUUGUUACUGUAAGAGACAUAUUUCACAUUAUGUGUGUUCUUUGUCAAUUUGAAUGUGUUCAUUAGCGCAGCUUUUUAUAUGUACACGUUUUAACGGCUCCUGAUAUAGGUGGACAUUAUCGAUUGGCUGACAGUUGCUAAUAUUGGCAAACUGAUCCAUCAGCCCAACCCCAAGUAUCAUAAAGGCUCAUGUCACAAAGUUUCAUCUUGGUUCUACAGGGUUAAUGACAAUGCUGCCGUACAAUCAGGGGUCAAAGAUCUCCUUUCCUCUUUCAUUUAACUGUACAUUGAAGCUUCAUUACCUCUUAUCACGUCCUUAGAAGACAAUGGAUUUUGUUGAUGAAAAGCUCUCCAGCUGUGGAGGCUUCACUCCCCAACGGAUGGACGACAUGUUAAACGUAUGCUGGAAGGCAGGAUCUUCUGUUUGCAGAAACAGUUAAUGAAAGAGAUGUGCAGAUUAGCAGUAGCAGGAAGAACAGAUCUCCUCGUGUUGGUUUAUUUCCUUUCCUUACAGCAGAUGGAGUCAUUCUGUUUGCGUCAUCUUUAGUUCAUCAAACACUAAAACUGGUGACCUCUAUGUUGAUAAGAGGCCAUAUCAACACUUUAAAGAUGACUCAUUUUCCACAACAACAUUGCCCAUAAUCUCCAGCUUUGUAAAUUUAUUUGACUUUUUCAGAUGCUUGUAAAAGACACUUGCUGUUCCAACAUGAUGUUAAUGUAUAUUUCAAAAUAAUUGUAUUUUUAAAUACUUUUGUUGACACUACAGUACUGACUUUAGUUUCUCUGUGUGCUUGUUUGAGGGCACAGAGAGACAUAAGAAUCAAUGCAUAAUAAAGAUUUUCUGAUAUGUUUA